AUGCUGAAUUUACGUAAAGAUCUAAAAGAAACUCUGACUAAUGUGUCAGCUGACGGAUGGUUGUUUGACAAGGAUCUCGGUGAGCGAAUAAAAGCUACCAAGGAUAUAGAAAAAUCUGGUUUUGACUUGAAACCUGCUAGGGUAUCUAAACCUAGUACUUCAUUUAAACAACCUGCCAAACAGGUUCCGGUAAACUUUUACCGUCCACCUCAUCGAACACAAACGGGAAGCAGUCGAGGUGGUCGGCCGAUAAAGAUUCCAAAUCCCUCUCAGUCGUUUCAACAAAGGCCUCAUCAAACUCAGAGAAGAACCUCGGACCAGGAUCGUCAUCGUCGACAGGAUGUACGUCAAUACCACAAACAGGGUCGAUAG